AUCCUUCACUUCUGCCAGUGACGUCACACAGAUCCCGGAUCCGGCGCAGCCCCCUGUCAGUUGCUGCGUGGGUUUCUCAGAAACUUGGUUUUUGAAGAACUUCGCCACCUUUAUGACCUGAUCUCAGAUCUGUUCUUUACCCAGCCCGAUGUGAGUCCUGCGUUUACUUUGGGGUUUUAGGCCGUAAAGUUAGUUUUAAAAGUGAAGCUAGCUGGGUGAUUAGCUGCAUGGCUCAGACUACUUGCUGGAAAACAACAACACGGUGAUUCCUGCUGUGAGUGUUCAAUCGGACACCAUGACACCACCACUACUGCUGGUGUCAGUUGGAGGAAGAGGAAGAGGAAGGAGGCGAUGAUGAUGAUGAUGAUGAUGAUGACAUGCAGUUUACUGGCUGCCUGGCUAGCUGACGGACAGACCGAAGCGCGGGCAGAGUGAGAGGAGUCUCCCAGAGAGCAGCUUGGUGUCCAGGGCAGAAAGAGGACAGAAUGCCGCGGAGGAAACAGUCCAACCCCCAGCCGCUGAAAUUGGAGUCGGAGGCCGGGGCUUGUGAUCCGAGCUGCUUGGGCCUGGCGAGCGACUUCCUGCUGAACGGAGAGCUGGCGUUUGGAGACUCCGAGAUCAUCGGGCUGGACGGAGAGUCGGUGUUCCCUCUGAGCGUGGAUGACAAUACCUCAGCACCAUCAGAUUUCCCGGCGUUCCUGUCCUGUAAAGGAUGCGGUCAGCUGUUGGGCGACACCCCUCUGGGGGCGGGGCUAGACCUCGGUGUUGGUUUGGACUUGGGGGCGGAGCUUUACUGUCUCACCUGUGAGGAAGGCCUGCAGCACACCACCUCCAUUGCCUCUUCUCAGAGUGAAAGCUCCACUCUAUCUGACAGAAACGAGAGUGGACCUUCCACCAGGAGGAGGAGGAGUAAAGCGGGCGUCGCCAACAUCUCCUCCAAACUUUACUCGUGCUCGCUGUGCGCCUUCACCUCGCAUUACUCCAACCACCUGAAACGUCACAUGAGGAUCCACGAUGGCAACAAGCCAUACCGCUGCCCUGUCUGCCCGUACGCCUCGGCCCAGCUUGUCAACCUGCAGCGCCACGCCCGGACCCACACCGGGGAGAAACCGUACUGCUGCCCGCAGUGCAACUACGCCUGCAGUUCUCUCGGAAACCUGCGGAGGCACCAGCGCAUGCACGCUCAAGACCAUCCACCAAGGAGGGAGACGAAACAUGCAAGGAGGAGAAAAACGACGGAUGCAGGUGAAGAAGUGAUGUCAGAUCUGACUCUGAGGGUGACCCAGGACUCGUCUUUCUUCCGAAACCUAGGGGCCCUUGGGCCUCCCUCUGGGCCCCUCCCAGUCCUCCUCUUCCCCCUGUGCUGUCGGGUGUGUGGCCUCACCCUAGAGGAGGCUGACCUGGAUGGGGACAGACCCGAGGGGGAGAUGGAGGGGGAUGUGGACGGUGGACAGGUAUGUUGCCGCUGCUCCUCGGAGGAUGGGUCGGGGCCUCCGUGCAGCCCUGUGAUUCCUGAGAGGACCCGGAGGGGUCUACAUAACACCAAGCAGUACCGCUGUUCUCGCUGCCCUUUCCUGUCCCAAUACCCCAACCACCUCACCCGUCACUCCCUCACCCACUCUGACGAAAAACCCCACCACUGUCCACACUGCGCCUACACCUCCUCACACCUGGACAACCUGAAGCGUCAUAUGCGCGUGCACACAGGUGAGAAACCCUACCAGUGCCCAUCUUGCAGCUACGCCUGCGGAAACCUGGCCAACCUACGCCGCCACGAGCGCAUCCACUCGGGCUCCAAACCGUUCCACUGCAGCAUCUGCGGCUACUCGUGCAACCAGAGCAUGAACCUGAAGAGGCACAUGCUGCGCCACACGGGAGAGAAGCCGUAUGCCUGUGCCGAGUGCGGCUACACCACGGGUCACUGGGACAACUACAAACGGCACCAGAGGAAGCAUGGACACAACACGGACAGCUGGGACAAACACGUCCCCGUCAACGGGCUGAGCUGGAGCCGAGAGGCUGCAGAGGGGUCGUGUCAGGGUCAGCAGGAGCCUUAGAUACACUGUGUGUGUGUGUGUGUGUGUGUGUGUGUGUGUGUGUGCGUGUGUGUGUGCGUGUGCGUGUGCGUGUGCGUGUGCGUGUGUGCGUGUGUGUGUGUGUUUGUAGUGAAUACACUGGCUGAACUCCUCAGGUUGUUAAACUCAGGUGCCUUUUGUAACGGAAUCAAAGUGAUGUAACUAACCAAAGUUGUAUUUUAAUACACUGUUAGUAAUUCACUUUUAUAAACAGAAGAAUAGGCUGUUUUUAUCAUCGGGGAGUUUAAUUAAACACUCUGUAUUGACUUUGAGACAAGAAAAGAGAGAGAUAUGGGAUCGUUUAAGAAUCUUUAAUUUCUGAAUUAUAAAUUCUAAAUCUACCAGGACUACUCUGUGAUGGAUGAGAAUGGAUUCGGAUGUUGUGUUGGUGCGUGUGUGUGAGUGUGUGUGUGUCUGGUUCAGAUUCUCUAGGAUGACGUAAUCGAAUCUGGUCGUCUUUGUUAUGACUAGAUAUCACGAGGCUUAUAAAGUGAUGACAUGAGCCGCUAUUUUGCCGUGUACGUACCCAGUGGGGUCUCCCAAGUAGAUCAGGAAUUGCCAGGUCUGGAGACCUCGGAUGUACGGUGGAGCUGUCGGUGCAGCGAUCACAACGUUUCAAAGCCCGUCUGGAGGGUCGACCCAGUACCGUUCAGCGGCGUCAGCAGGUGCUCUUAUUUUGAAAGGACGUCGUCUGGUUGUUAAACGACGAAAAUCUCCCGUUUCACAGUUCUUAGUUUAAAGAAAACGCAUCCGGCCAGGCUGCGCUUGUCUUUAGGAUGAUGGUGAAUAGAACUGAAGUCAAAAUGGAACUGACUUAAAAUGGCGUUGCCUUGUUUUUAUAUCUCUGACUUGUUGACAAGUUUCAGUAAAGUAGAUUGGACACUUGAAGUCAACACCAGAUUCUCCUGCGGCAGCCGAAAGAUCUGAUUGGUUGGAACAAUGUGUCAUGCGUUUCUAUGGAGAUGAGGAUCAGUAUGUCUGCACCGUAGUCCUGGUUUCAUUAAACAUAAUUCAUGACAUAUUUAUUUCACAGAUCAUUCACUUGAUUAUUGUUGAUCAACAUCUGUUUUGCUUAAUAAUUUUAAUCACAAAUAAAGUACUUUGAUUAAGUAAAGCUUCUUCUUCUCCUUCGGACUCUUCUCCUGGAAUGUAAACAGUCUGAGGAACAACCCGACCUUGGUUUUUCUACACGGUGUUAUUGUGCCCAGGGGCCAGCUGUAUGGAGUUGAAAACCAUGAACUUCAUAACCUUACACUUUAAACGACCAUGUUACACUGAUUUAACAAGGUGUGUGUGUGUGUGUGUGUGUGUGUGUGUGUGUGUGUGUGUGUGUGUGUGUGUGUGUGUGUGUGUGUGUGUGUGUGUGUGUGUGUGUGUGUGUGUGUGUGUGUGUGUGUGUGUGUGUGUGUGUGUGUGUGUGUGAGACACACACAACAGAUUUUAUAUCUGAGCGUCCUCUGACUGCUCCUCUGGAUGUUUUUUUUUUCUACAGAAUAUCUAUAAUCUACAUUUGUACGUGUGAGAGAAUCUCAGCAGCUUUGAGUUGUUUAUUUAGAACAUUUUAUGGAUUCUCAGCGGGUUUCUGUGGAGACGUCACCUCGUCUCUAGCUCACCGCUCUGUGCUUUCAGCUCCAUUAGCAGAAAUGAAAUGGGUGGUGUGUAUUUCCAGCUGAACAGGAAGUGAUGUUUCAGCUCCUUGCUGCUUAUUGAAGAGUUUAUUUUGGUUGGUAGUUUGAUUGCUACCUCCUGCUGUAUCAGAAAGAUCAAAUAAACAUAAAAAUUUA